UGACAUCCCUAAAAAGAACGUGAAAAAAAGGCGAACAUUCUAGUCGGCAACACCUCACCAGAGUGUAAGAAAAAUACUGCGUGUUUUCUGUAAUUUGUGGAAAUUUAUCCUCUUUCCCAUACUUCUACUGGAUAAAACAGAUUUGACAAUACAAUGGCGUGCCCUAUCGACCCAGCCGAGCUGCAGAAGUUGAAGAUUUUUGUCGACUUAUGUUCGGCUCAACCACAGCUAUUGAACCUACCUCAGAUGGAGUUUUUCAGAAGCUUUGUCGAAAAACUCGGCGGUAAGGUACCGGAAGGUACUCCUGACUUUGGCGGCGCUAAAGCCAAGCCAGAAGAACCGAAAGUGGAGGAGGAACCGGAGAAGAAGGAUGACUCCGAUCCGGAAUCGGAUAUCGAACUAGAUACGGAGGGUUGUGUCGAGCCGGAUAAUGAACCAGAACAACCGAUGGGAGAUGCUUCCAAGGAACCCAGUGAGGACGAUAUCGAUAAGGCAAAUGAGUUACGUUCCGAGGCUGCCGAGGCUUACUCCGAACAAAACUAUGAGCAAUCGGUUAAAUUGUUCACGGAAGCCAUUGAAUUGAAUCCGCGGAGCGCUUUGUAUCAUGGAAAACGUGGACAAGCCUAUCUGAAACUGUCCAAACCGAAUGCCUGCAUUCGUGACUGUAACCGUGCUUUGGAGAUAAAUCCUGAUUCUGCUACAGCUUAUAAAUUCCGUGGACGUGCCAAUCGCCUGCUGGGAAAGUGGGAAGAGGCUGCAAAGGAUCUUCGCCAGGCCUGCAAACUGGAUUAUGACGAGGAAGCCGAUGAAUGGCUGAAGGAAGUCACGCCGAAUGCAAAGAAGAUUGAACAGCACAAGCUGAAGCUGGAACGUCGUCGUCAGGAGAAGGAACUGCUAGAUAGACAAGAGCGCGUUCGCAAGGCACAGGAAGCUAAUCGAAAGGCAGCGGAGGAGAAGACUCGAGGCGGCAGUGCCGAAGAUGCAGACUUUGGUGACUUCUUUGGCGGCGUUGGCGGUGGUGGAGGAGCUGCCGGUGCGGAUGAUAUUCUAAAUGCCUUUAAGGAUCCAGAAGUGGCAGCAGCCCUGCAGGACAUAAUGGCCAACCCGGGCAACAUUGGCAAGUACCAGAACAAUCCCAAAGUAAUGAAUCUCGUUACGAAGAUCGCAGGUCAAGCUUCCCAGUCAGGUGGUUUCCCGGGUUUCGGGGGUGGCGCCGGAGCCGGGGGAUUCCCUGGUGGAUUUCCGGGUGCCGGUGGAUUCCCAGGGGCUGGGCCCGGUGGCUUCCCAGGAUUCGGCGGUGGAUCAACCGGGGGCGGCCCUAAAACCACUGACGAUCUAGAUUAAGAUUCCCGUCACCAUUGAUGGAUGGAUGCAUUUUUUAUUUGAGUUUGAUGGAACAAUAUUGAUGGUUAUUAAGGAUGAUUGCUUUCCAUGAAUUACAUUUCCUUUUUUCAAAUAUACUGUCGAGAGCUGCGUUUCAGAGUGUAUACCGAUUAUCAACCAUGAUUGCUCUUGAAUUAACUAACUACUUGUCCUAUGCGUAAUUUACUUCGAAUAAUGUAGCUGCAGAUAGAGGGAUAAGAUUAGUAAAACACUUACCGUGUUCUUAAA